AUGCCACAAUCUACUUUAAGUCAAGAGGUACAACGUGUUCCAUGGGAUAACAAACCUGCUUUGAAACAGAUAACACUCCGAGCGACCAUAGCUGGUAUUGCUAUAGGCUCAUUGGUGCUAACGUCAAACUUUCAGUUUGGCCUACAAACUGGCUGGGUCUCCAUGAUGUCUUUGCCAUCUGCAUUAUUAGCCUGUGCUUUCUUUAAAAAUAUAUGGCCGUUAGUAUUUCCGAACGACAGACCAUUCAGUGACGUGGAAAAUGUAUACGUUCAAAGUAUGGCUGUAGCUGUUGGAACGGGUCCAUUAGCCUUUGGGUUUGUUGGCGUCAUACCUGCCAUCGAGAAGUUCCUUACUAACGAUGAAAGUGGUGGAUUAAGGGAACAAGGGCAGCCAUUCAGAUUCAGCGAAUUAAUAAUAUGGUCUACUGCCCUAGCAUUUUUUGGCAUUUUCUUUGCAGUUCCUUUAAGGAAGCAAGUGAUUGUUCGAGAAAAGCUUCCCUUCCCCAGUGGCAGCGCUACAGCCACUUUAAUUUCAGUCCUUAAUGGAACGGAGAUUUUACAAGAGGUUUCUAAGUCGGAGUUAUUGGAGAUGAGAAAGAGGAGAUUAAACGAAUGUCCUGAAGUAUUGCAACCUAAUAGAGACCCAGAAGAAGCUGAUUACUUGAUAAACUCCUCUCAUAGCAAUAUUGGUGACUAUACUACAACGAGUCAAGAUGGAAAUUCCAUUAUUUCCUCCAGUUCGGAGAACUAUAGAGCAAAUAUUAUUAUUUUGUUCAAAACAUUUUUUGUAUCAUCUCUUUACACAAUGGUGUCCUAUUUCAUACCAGUGAUACGGUCGAUUCCAGUUUUUGGGAAAAACCUUUCGAGCAAUUAUCUGUGGAAUUUUCAACCUUCUCCUGCUUAUAUAGGUCAGGGGAUAAUAAUGGGUCUACCAACUGUAUCAUACAUGCUCAUCGGGUGUUUGCUAGGGUGGGCAGCGUUAGCUCCAUUGGCCAAAUUCAAGGGUUGGGUUCCAGCAGAUGCUGACGUUCAUGACUGGGAAAAGGGAGUUCAAGGAUGGAUUCUUUGGUCUUCCCUUUCAAUAAUGGUUGCUGACAGUGUCGUAGCUUUUAUUGUAGUGACGGUGAAGUCAAUUGUAAAAUUCAUUCUCAUAGAUGACAAAGCCGCUCUACUGAACAACAUAAUUGAUGAUACAUUUCAAUCCAUGUUAUUGGAAGAAGAACGUGCAAUUAAUAGCAGCAGAAGAAAUACCAACGUGGAUGGAAGACAAGAUACUGUAAGAUUAGUGAGUAGAGAUAACGAAAUCGAAGUUGAUUCUAAGCAUUUGGUUCGCUAUACUACUGUCAUCAGUGGGUGUUUAGUCUCUUCAAUAAUAUGCAUAGUUUCCAUAAUAUAUCUUUUUGGAAUACAAGUGAUUCCUCUAUAUGCUAUUAUUACUGCUUUGAUACUUGCAUUGUUUUUAUCUAUUCUCGGUAUUCGAGCACUUGGAGAAACUGAUUUAAAUCCCGUGAGCGGGAUUGGUAAGAUUUCUCAAUUAAUUUUUGCCUUCAUUAUUCCAAGGAAUAGACCUGGAUCAGUGUUGAUGAAUGUGGUAUCUGGUGGUAUUGCGGAAGCAUCCGCCCAACAAGCGGGCGAUUUGAUGCAGGAUUUGAAAACAGGACAUCUUCUUGGCGCAUCCCCCAGGGCUCAAUUCUGUGCUCAAUUGAUAGGGGCUUGUUGGUCCAUUAUUUUGUCUAGUUUCAUGUACUUGUGCUACAAUAAAGUGUAUACAAUUCCGAGCGAACAAUUUAGGAUACCGACGGCAGUAGUAUGGAUCGAUUGCGCAAGACUAGUAACUGGUAAAGGUCUCCCGGAUAAGGCUCUAGAAUGCUCCAUGAUCCUCGGAGUCAUAUUUGCAGUGUUAUCAUUAAUCAGAAAUACUUAUAGAGAUUACGGCUACGGAUGGAUAUUGUAUAUCCCCUCCGGCGUAGCUGUCGGCGUUGGUAUAUUCAAUUCUCCCAGUUUCACCAUAGCAAGAUUCAUUGGUGGCUGGGCCUCACAUCUGUGGUUGAAAAACCACAGGGGUGAUUUAAAUGCGAAAACGAAAAUGAUUGUUUUCAGUUCGGGAUUGGUCUUAGGUGAAGGUAUUUUCAGCGUAAUAAACAUGGUUUUCACGUGCUUAAACAUUCCCCAUUACUAG